AUGCAAAGCCAAGGAUUUGAAUGUCGUUUGUUGUCUUCCUCUGCCAAUAUCUUUUCCAUGCUUCUGCAACAAGCGACACCGCUGACGGUGAGAGGAUUUGUCCUGCUGGCCCUUGUUGGGGACUAUAUUGAAGCGCGUCCCUUUUUCCAGCAAUCAAGAGCUGGUUUGUUGACGAAGCUGUUGCUUGCCUCCCAAAAGGCUAUACCGAGUGGCGACAAGGAACGCUGGUGUCCGGCAAUUGGCUUAGUACCUCAACCUUGUGAAGCCGUUGAUCGUGGUCACUUUUCCCCGGAACAAGAUAUUAUGGAGCCUGCUUUUCCAUUCGUCGAUGUGUUCCCUUGGUUGGAUACAUCGGAUGCCAGGAACGCUGGUGUCCGGCAAUUGGCUCAGUAUCUCAACCUUGUGCAGCCGUUAAUUGUCGCUGCUUUUUCCCGGGAGUCCCGCGUUUUGGAGCACGUUGGCGUGCCCCUUUGGUUUACCUUUUGGGUGAAGAGUGACUGGACUCCUCUGGCGAUGAGGAAGAGCGACAAGAGCGUGUCCGCCAUUAUUGUCCCCAAUCUCCAUCGCGGAUAUGAACGCUACGGCCCGCGUUCGCAAGGUCUCAUCCACCUGAUGGAGCUCACAAGGAGCAUUGUCGUGAUGAUCGCUGAGAUGGUCCUCACUUGUAUCCUGCAAGCAGAAGGCUCGCAAAGGCAGAUUAUCGAACGCAUCUGGCCUUCCAUCGUCGAUGGACCGUUGCUGGACCCUCGUCUGCGCAGGCUGUAUCACGAAAUCGAACAGCUCAAGGCCAACAACAUUAUAAAUGAACGCGCUCAAAAAAUCUGCGACGGUAAUCACGCAAAGUUGUCGGGAGUGGGAGCGAACUGUGGAGAGAUACUACUUGGUACCGCCGCGUCGCAGCUUUCGUGA